UUAAACUUACUUCGCGUUGAUACAUGUAGUCGCCUUUACGCAUCACAUUGUUGCCGGAGGUAACGAUGAUUGCACAAGUCUGAUGCAACAAUUCAACUUCAAUUAUAUGUGUCAAAGUAGCAAGCGAUUAUUCUGUUGGCAGCAGUGAAUCAAGACGAAGAGUCCGGACUGACACUUAAAUCAACAUGGCAGCUAAGGACAAGCUACCUGCAUAUGAAAUGCAAAUGAGUUUGGAGCUGGGGUACAAGAAUCCCAGCGCUGUGACGUCCAAGGCGGCAAGGCUUGAUAAAAGGCUUCAACAGGCCAACAAAAUCUUGGCAAAUCUCUUACAAGACGCCGAGAUUUGCCAGUCGGUAACAGAAGUCUUCCAAGACUUUGGUGCUCGACUGGGUGAAAUGCACGACAGCGGCUGCAGCCGCGUCGUACAUUUCGUCGAUCGCGACGACCUUGUCGGUUUUCAGUGCAUGUAUCAGAAAGGGCUGCCAAAACAACUAGGCAAAACCCUGAUCACCCCUGAAAUCUCUUCAGCGGUCAAUGGCGAAGAAUUGGUACUGAUCAUCACAGUCAAGGAGGAGGACUUCGACAAAGGAAUGACGUUCUUCGAUCAUACGAAUGGUGGCUUUACACUGGACAGCAGCAGUAAUAUUGGAGAAACUCCAAGUACUUCGGGGAAGCAAGAUGACAGCAGCUCACACCAAUUCACCGCCACAUCUUUUGACGAUUCUUCUGACUCCGAGGGUGAAACUGAUGCUGUUGACGGCGACGAAACAGUGCAACAGAAGAUACAGUGCGAUAACUGUGAAAGGAUCACUCGCACAUCACGUCCUCUUCGCUGCAUUGUGGGGCAUUUCAUCUGCAAGAGAUGCUUCCUGCAGUACUACAAAAAGACAAACGAGAACGACCGAUGUCCAGCCCUAGCCUGCAGGCAACCAUUGUCAGCAACGUCCAGAACAUCUGACCAUUCGGCCACCGAGGAUGUGUGGAUCUUUGUCGAUGAUUCUAAUAUUUGGGUAGAGGGUAAAAAAGUGGCUGGCAGGGCUCGUAAUUUUCCUAGGGUAGUUGAGGACCCCAGGGUUCGUAUAGAUACCGGAAAACUUGCCGACCUCAUUGCCGAAGACCGCCAUGUCGUUAUGGGUACCCUGUAUGGAUCAGAGCCCCCUAAGAUAGAUUCAGUUUGGCGCAAAAUCCGCGAAAGGGGGUGGCGGGUUCCACAACCAAAGAGGAAAAGCCGCAUCACGGGAAGAGAAAAGGAGGUAGAUGCCCAACUGGUCGCCGACGUUACCAGCCUGGCUUGUGAAACGCCCGAGACAAAACGUGGCAUCAUCAGCCUGGUUACCGGUGACGCGGACAUGAUGCCAGUCCUGCAGAAGAUUUUGGAAAAGCCACCAUGGAUUGCAGAGAUCUGGAUGUGGGAGCAUGCCAUCUCAAAGAAGCUCAAGGACCUUCCCAAAAUCUACCCAGGAAGAGUCAGAGUAGAAUUCCUCGACCAGUAUCUCCAGCGCUUAACCUACACCAAUUACAUCUUCACCAUUAAGGAGAUGCCAAGGAUCAAGAAGUUACUCAUCACGCAGGCAGUAGUACUGACGGAAGUGGAACGGAUGUUUUUGCACAAGAACGAGAAAUGGGUCAAGCAAGUAGAGCAGUCGUGUGGAUGGCCAUUUCAGUACAACUGGCUUUGUGAAAACGAGGAUUUCACCCAUGAUCUACUUCUUGUGUUCCUUCGAGCCAAGAAUCAAAGCGGCGAAGUCAGCUACCCUGAUCUGGCACAUGUCAUGGAGGUCUUAGAGUCUAGGCCUGACCUCACCCGAGAUGCUGCAAAGAUUCUCACCUACCAGGCCUAUCGCGGUCAGGUACCACAGGCAAACCAGAUUCGUCUGUCCAACCGCUUCAGCACGUUAGAUGGUAUGUGUGAUUCCCUGGACAAACUUUCGCAUGACGAUGAUGAAGACCAUUCAGACUUACUUGAGAUCCAAGAAUCCGACAAUCCGACAACUGAAGGAACAGGAGAAGCAGCUGAAGGGCACGAGCUGCCAUGGCAUCUGCAAAUGACAACACCAAAUCUGCCACAAGCUAAAUACUCCCAAUACUGCUCCCGUAAAUUCAACUGCAUACACGGGAAGAAGUGCCACUACAGCCACACACCUGAUGAGAUGUCAUUCUUCAAGCAGAGACCAAUAGGCGCCCAGUACUACAAGACCAGGGCCUGCAACCGCUGGCCCAACUGCAACAGUAGGGAUCACGACUGCAAUUUUGCACACGGUGCGAAAGAUGCGUGCUGCCUUAAAUGUAACUCCAGGGGUCAUUUUACUGACGACUGUCCGAAGUAGCUGUAAUACGAUGGUUGGAAACUACGUAUACUCUGCAAGCAGAGGUUGGAUGCGAAGACUGUCUUUGAAGAAGAGGCUGCAAAAGCCGCCACCGUCUCUCUCUACCAUUUGUCUAACCAUCCCAUACCGUAAAAUUUAACGUAAUCAUAGGCCGUAAUUUUUUUUUGCUCAAUUCAACGUAAUCUCUCCGGGGAUCCAGCAACAGCUCAGCUUCAAAGUUGAAAUGUUCCCAUCUGUUUAGAAAGGUCACUUUGGCAUUUGACAAACGCAGUUAAGAAAGAUACCAGCCCUUGCCACAUAGAAGGUCUCAAAGCAUUUCACGGAUGUUGAAAUGGUCAUAUUAGAGUUGCUAUUAGAUACAGAGACAUACAAUGUGAUUGUUAGAGAUGCUAUUGUGUCAAAAUCAAGAACUUACCACAAACUCAACCAAAAUUGUUUACAAUGUAAAAUAUAGUUUAUUUGCUCCUGAAUUCUUGGGUUGGAAUUGUUUUACGAUCACCUGCCAGCCACUUUACUACAUUGUACCAACUGUUGAUAUAGAUGUUACCACAUAUAGUAUGAGGUGUAUGGGAAAUGGGAUAAGGUGGAGGUGAAUAUCACAAUAUCCUUGUAUUUUAUUACAUAUAAGAAUUCAUAAUUUGUAUAUUAUCUUAAUCAGGAUUAUAGCAUCUAAUUACUUGAAAAAUUGUUCAGAUAGAAACACAUGUAUUGUGUAUAUUACUAUUUCAACUUUGGAGUUUCCUAAGCAAGACUACAUCAAGGAAUUCGAAGUUGAUAUCCAUAUGCCAUGCUCAAAUUGAUUGCAGCCUGUGUUAGCAUACAUGAGUAUGUGUACUUAUAUCUACCCUGGGGUGUGAUCAAUGCAAAUACAGAUAGGAAGGAAACAAUAAGUAUUACUUAGUACUGUGUCAAAUAAAUUCUUGUAACAGUCUAUCUUUUCAUCUUCAAUUUACAUUUUUUGAGCCCUCUUAUGUUUUAGUAUUGGAAUGUCUAUUUUUCCAGGUGUGGCCUUACAUAGAGUUCAAGAAAGAUACAUGACUGUAGUCUGUAUACAUACAUGUAUAGAUAAUACUAAAAAAAACCUUCAAAUAUACUAUGUAAAGAUGAUGGAUGAUGAAAUGAAUAUUUUUAAUAGUUUUUACAUUAAACGAAAUCUAACUGUAUAAAUGAUUAAAAGGGAUUAUUCAAUGGACUAGAUUGGCCUUUCACACUAUUCAUGCUGUUCCUACAGAAUUUUUUGAAAUUCAAAUUUGUCCUCAAAUGUAAAUAAAACUGUCUCACUACGUUAUAACAGGAAAUUAUGAUAGAACGUACAAUUUGUAUUGAUUCUUCUGUAUAUUGACCAUUAUCAAGUAAGCUUUCGUCUUUUUGUACUGAAAACGGUAACUGAAUGAAAUUCACGUGAUUUGACUGAUUGGCUUAUGCACUCUCUGUAAUACACAUAGAACCAUAGCACCACCUUUUUAAGUACUACUAUUAGUAGUGUAAAGUGAAACCUCUUUGUGCUAACCCUGAUAAAGACAUAGUUUGCAAAGUUUUGUUGAUAUUAGUUAUGCUAGAAAUUUAUCUGUUAUGAUAAACUUAGACAAAGUUCUUUAUCCUUGCUGAGCCAUGGUGUCUUUCCACAAGAGAAGUUAAAUCAUUAAAGAUGACUUGCUUUGUUUCAAGUACCUGACAAUGUGUGAGUUUAAAGUCUUAAAUGUUGACCAAGUUUUGUGCCCCACAUACUGUUUCAGAUUAGGUACAAAAUGAUACGUUGACAAAUGUGAUGAAAGCACUUCACAGUUACAAGGCAAUCUACUAUAGGCCAAUGACAAUGUUGAAGAUGCUACAGUACAAUGUGUAAACAGAUCAUGGUAAGACAAAAUUUUUCACCAGGGAAUGUUUUCAUGGCAUGUUUCUUGCAUUUGUGUGUGUGUUUUACAUCUGUGGGAAAAUAAAAUCUUGACAGGCUACUGUGGGGUUUGAAGCAUUUAAAAUGAAUUUGUGUAUAACAGAAGAGACUGUAAAAUGG